CAAAGCUCACCGCUUGCAGCUUUUCAAACUCGAACUUUGCUCAGACAUAAACUUUGGAAAAAUCCAAAUGUUUUGGGUGUUCUCUCGCGAAAUUUCAACAUGAGACGCUCAGGAAGUAAAGGGAUUAUCGAGACAGAUUGUUACUGCAAGAUCCGAUUGCUCGACGACUCCGAAAUAACAUGCGAAUUCAAGGUAAAAGUGCUGCAAAGUAUAAAUUCGUUACUGCAUGUUGUAAUCUUUCCGAGUGCAUACUUUAUGUGUAUUAUUGUUGGCGGGCGUUUCGGGGUGUUUAUGUCUUGGAAAAUGUCGAUAAGAGGUCGAAACAGUAUCGUAAAUCACAGCAGCCUGCUUUGUGCAAAAUGCUUGUGCUUCGAUCGAAAUAAACUUGGUAUUUUGUAAAAAUCACACAAGAUCAAAUUUAAUGAAUAUGCUUCCCAACAGAUUCAUGAUCGAUCGCAAGUAUUUCAAUAAUUUCAUCGUCGAUAAAUAUUAAAUUCAGUGAUCUGGAGCAAUAAAAAUACUAGAUCUUGUUCUUAAUAUUUAUUUCCUUAUUCGAUGUCAAAGAAUGCCAAACAUUUUUGACGUUUCGAGCGAUGUAACUUUGUUUACUUUGAUCAAGUAGGCUCGGGGAUCAAUCAUAAAUUUAGGGCUAUUAUUCACCAAAGUUUGUUCGUGGCAAUGUUUUUUAAUCAACCGUAAAAAAUUUGCAUCAGAUCGUAUAUAUUUAAAAAUUGUUAAAACGCUAAAAUGUAUACCAAAUUGCAUUAAAAAUUGUAAAUUAUUACAGUAUUUUAAAACUUUCAGAAGUAUAAACUCAAAACAACUAGCCUGCCAUCAUGUUUCAUCGAGUGAGAUUAGAUAUUAGUUAAUUAUAAAUGAGAUCGUGAAAUCUCUGAGAAAAAAUCAAUAAAAACAUGUAAUAGUCCUAAAAAUUAUCUUAAAUUUGCAGUAACACUCCCAAUUUUUCUGAUCCUUUCAUAUUUUGUAAAAUGCUUAAUAUAUUAUAAAAAGGUGUUUCAGACCUAAGAUCAGAAAUUACAAUUUAAAAGGACAGGAUUUAAUGUAGUAAAGGAAGUCAAUUUUCCUCAGCAACAGCUAUUGGUUUCAAAAGCUAAUUUCAUUAAGGGGGCGGCCUCCCUGCUGGUCUGUUUAGAAUAACACAGACCCUAGCUAAAUUUCACAUUGUAUUUCAGCUGUACAUAGUGAGAAAGUCUUAAACAGGUCUUACUUUGAUAUUGUUAAUUGUAUAGACCCAUAAGAUGACAUGGAAAUAUAUUGUGACUUAUACAUGCAUGCUGGAUAUAUUGCAAUGAUCAUGCAUUGCUUAUUGUCAAAAAUACAAGAACUUUCUGCUUUUGUAGAAUGCUGUCAUUUAGGCUUCGUUUACAUUCAGAUAUAUGCAUGACCGGGACGAAGUCAAACCCGACGGAUGAAAAUUGAAAUUUUGUUAAUUUUCAGUAUGUUCACAUGAGACCGGUUCAAAAAUCGCAAAUCUUUUAUUUUAUCCCCCUUGCCCACCAUUUUGUUUCUUACAGCAUACUUUUGUGAGCAUGCAUUGUUUUGCGAAGCCAAGGGCACAGCCGAGACCAGUUUGAAAUGUAUUUGUGUUCACAUUCACCACUCGGAAUUCUUCCUGAUCUGAAGAUAGUCCGUUCGGUCCAACAACCGGGAUGGCUUCAGGCCUUUCUGAGGAAUUUUUCGUAACUUCCCAUCAGGGCUUUUCAGUGACCGAUUACAUCUAGUAUUAACCAUGAUCGCUUAUUUAUAUCAACUACAUGCGUAAAAAUUAUGAGCCUGCAGUUUAACAGGAUUGAACAAUGUUGUGCUGCCCUGUGCUGCCCACGGCCCCACGUUGUUCACACUUGUCAACAAUUUCGAACAAUAUUGCUGAGCCUGAAUCAGGUGUAACAAUAUUGUUCAAUAUUGUUGACAACUGUGAACAAUGUGGGCAGCACAACAUUGUUCAAUCCUGUUUUCAUCAAUAUUGCAACAACCUGAUCAUUUUUAGCUGUGCACUUAGCCUAGAACACACUAUUUAACUUUAUAACAACUUACUGUGAUAUUAGUCGUCAGGAGAAAAACCACAACUUUUGGCAGAAUGUUGACAGACUCUUUUCACAUGAGUCCAUAGCAAGAAUCAAAACCCACAAAGUCAGUGCACGGUGAAAGGCGCUUGUUCAGUUGUUCUGGUGACUGUGCCAUGACACAGUGAUUGAAUCCAAUGAAAAAUGCACAACUGGCUGCUGGUCGUGGUUGUUAAUUUGCCGCGCUCUAAAUUUUACAAUAUAUUUGUAUUUUAGAAAGAUUCCAAGGGUCAAAUUGUUUUUGACCAAUCUUGCAAAGAACUUGAUCUCUUAGAAAAGGACUACUUCGGCCUUCGAUAUGUUGAUACUGACAAGCAAAGGGUUGGUUGCUUUUCAACUAGUAAUUCUAAUGUUAAGUUUAAUUCAGUUUUAAAAAAAACAUUGUUUUUCCCGUUUAUAGAUUACUGCUGUUUGCAAGCAACAUUAGGCAUGCGAUUUUUUUCAGGUUUGUUUACGUUUCAAACGGCCCGGUUUUAACCGGAAAAUGUUAACGUUUUGAGCAAGCCAAUCAAUGUUUGGAGGCAUGUUCAAAGAAACUUUGCUAAGAUUGUGGCAAACGUUGAUUGGCUUGCUCAAAAUAUUAACGUUUUCCCGUUAAUAAUUAUAACCUGACCGUUUGAAACGUAAACAAACCUGAAAAAAAUCGCACGCCUAUUGGUAGUUUGCAAACAGCAGUAACCGCCUCACCCUAAUAUAUACUUUUAGCUGCAAUAUUUAUAUUUUAGCACUGGCUUGAUCUAAACAAGAAUCUAAUCAAGCAAAUGAAAUGUAAGCAUUUUCUAUUCUAUUUGCCAUCUAAAGCCAUUUUUCUAUUAAUUUAAAAAUUAUAGUCUGUAUUGAAGUUGCCUUAGACUGGCCAAACGAAUGGCCAUCUUGUGUAUGGUAAACACAAUAGGGCCAUUUAUACGGGACAAAAUAAGUCGCGUCUUACAUAAGACGCGUCUUAUAUAAGCUGAGUUAUCGCAUAAAUAGUUCUCUACAGAUUUAUUCUUAUUUACUUGCUAUAGCUAUAAUGUUGUUUCGGUUGUUUUUGUUCGAAUAAGCAAGGCUAAUAAUUUUACGUUGUUUCAAGUUUCGGGCAUGUGUAGUUAGAAUUUUUGUCUAAAAUUUCUUAUUUAAGACGCGACUUAAAUAAGAACAGCUAAAAGCCCUGUUCUUAUGUAAGACGCGUCUUAUCCAAGACGCGUCGUACAUAAGAAUUUUGUACCUUUUAUACCACAAACUCGCGUCUUACUUAAGUCACGUCUUAUGUAAGUCGCGUCUUAUUUUGUUCCGUAUAAAUGGCCCUAAUAUGUCUUCCAUUUUCGUUUCAGCAAAACCUCCUUAUACUCUCUUUUUCCGAGUGAAAUUUUAUCCUCAAGAUCCAGGGAAGAUCGUUGAGGAAAUAACGAGAUAUCAUCUCUUUGUCCAAGUUAAACGAGACAUACUUCAUGGAAGGUAAAUUUCACAUUUUUUAGGAUAUUUGAUAAUAUUAUUAACCGAUUAAGCGCCAGUGCUCUCCCCUUGACGAGUAAAAUCGUCUGGCGUUAGACAGAGUAAAAUAAUAAAGUGGAGCGCAUCAGGGUGCAAUGCUACUCAAUGGGUUAACAAGACACAUGGUUAACAAGGCUGGUUAACCCAUUAAAUUAAUAAGCGCCAUCGCUCUCCCUUGAUGAGUAAAAUUGUCUGACGUUAGAGUAAAAUAAUAAAGUACCGGUAGGGCGCAUCAGGGCGCAAUGUGACUCAAUGGGUUAAUGGAACAUCUAAUGCCAAAGAUUGAGGUUUUUCUUGCGUACAUAUUUGUUGUUUCAUUUUUAGGUUACUAUGUUCUUUUAAUGAUUUGGCUGACCUUGGUGGUUAUAUUGUUCAAGGUAAUCCACCCUAUUGGCUUCAUUUACAGUAUACUGCUGAUACAACCUAACACAAGGUCUGAAAUUUAAACUUUGUUUCACUACCUCACUGGGAUUCAAAGUUCUAGCAUCCCAUAUUCCCAUCUGAGAAUCUAGUAUCCCACUUCUGCAUGGAUACUGGUUAUCAUACAUUUUGCUACAUAUCCCUGAAUCAUCAAAGUAAGCAUGCAGUACUGUACAGUCAUGUCUCUCAUUGGAUUCAACAGUGAACAACUACAGUAUAUCACCAGAUUGGGAAAUCAAAGGCUGGUUAUAUUUUGAAGAUCAGGCAGACUUACAGUAUCUAAAGCUGUUGGCAGACCACCAGAAGAGACAUUUAGCAUUAUCCUAAUGUUUGAAAUUUUGUAAUAAUGUCGGCAGUCUGGAUACAAGUCAUUCACAGUUUGGUAUUCAAAAUCAAGUUUUAUUUUCCUUCGGAUACUGCAAAUUUCAGCCCCUGAACUAUCACACAAUAUGAUUUAAUGAUUUAUAAUAGCACUUUUGACAGUUCUGUGUCUUGCAUUUUCUAGAUGAACUUGGUGACUAUGAUCCUGAAGAUCACAAGGAAGGAUAUUUGUCUGAGUUUAGAGUUGUACCGAAACAGGUACUAUACACAUAAUUAAUCCUGCUUCUCUUGAGAUUAUAGCACAAAAGAAAUCAUGAGUGUGAAGGAUUUACAUAAACUUUAAGUUCAGUUUUCUCACCAAAUAUCAUUCAUUUAUUUAAAAUUGUUGAAGAAUACGAAUGUUUUCAUGAAGAUGUUUCACAAGCCAUUUGAUGUUUCUUGUCUUUGGCUUGAGUUUGUACAGUAUAUCCAAGUUUGUACAGUAAAACUGUAUACACAUUUAUGUGUAGUUUUGUCACCCUGAAAUAACUGCCAAUUUUGGCCAGAGUAGUACUCAGUGAAAUUCUUCCAUCCAUAGACCCAUUACACUGACGUCACAAAUCCUUAGAGUGUCCUCCAGAUGCUCCCUAACAAUAUCUGUUCGGGUACAACAACCACAUACAGCGCGAAAAUUAACCAUUUUAAUACAAAAUUAUUACAAAGUUUUACAAAAUUUGCUUUGUUUACAAAUUUAAAUUAUAUUAUGCAUACUAGAUUACUAUUUGUCCUCCAGAUGCAUUGUCACCGGCGCUGUGACGUCAUGUGCAAGGAGUCUAUACAGUAAUUGUAUGUUUUCUAGAAUGAAAAGCUUGAAGCCAAGAUAGCAGAGAAUCAUAAGAACUUAAGGUAUUAAAUAUAUUGUGAAUGGCGGAUUCGGAUUUAUAUCACAAUUAUACUGCUGUAGUGCUUGUAGGCCUGGAUAACACAUGCUCUCACUUUUCAAACCACGUCGAGAACGCCUUCUGUGGCAUCAAAUCAAAUUGCCAAUCUCCUAAAAUAAUCACGAUAUUUGGAAUAUUGGCAUCGAUAAUUUCGAGAACUGGUUUGAAAAGCAUUUUUGAAAGCAUUCUUUACCCAUCCAAGAACGCAAUUUAAUAGAACGCGCGCACGAAUGUGUGUUAGCAGACAGUAGUUAUGAUCUAAAUACACAACAAAAUAACAUUUUCUAUUGGCUAGUGGCCUCACACCAUCUGACUGUGAGAAAGAAUUUCUCGAAAAAGUGAAACUCUUGGAAAUGUAUGGAGUGGAUCCUCAUCCAUGCAAGG